AAGAUAUAAAGAGACAAUAUAUGUAUAUUCAUAUAUAUUCUAUAUUCUGUCGAUAAGCAGAGGAAAUUUCUCGCGUGACUGAAACCGUGUGGCCCGUUUGGCCGAAUGCCUUUGGCAGUUGGUUUCGUUUUUGGAACGCAUGUCAUGGCGCCAGUUUGUAUGCUUGGUUACAGUUGCGUUCAGAAUCCACGUACCGUUUUCUGAGCACAAAGAGCACGAACUGCCUAGGGAUGGAGAAAAUCCAUGAAGCAGACAUGCGUCCUUGGAUCACAGAGAAGAUAAAUAUUCGUGACUUUAAGCAAAACUGGAUAGAGGUGACAAAACAAGACGACGAACAGGAUGAGGGGCCUCUGCAAGAAGCUAUCACACGUUUGAUGAAUAUUCCGGAGUCGGUAGUCCAGAGUCUCGAGGAGGACUGCGGACCGCGAACUUUAUGCUGCGGGGAAGAAAUCGUGGACAUGACAGACAUACCCGAUAAUGUUGACUUAAUGACGCUCAGGCUGCAGAAACAAGACCUGGGAAAGCGAGCCGAAAACGAGAUGUAUCGAACAAAAAUUUCCAGGGGGUUCAGAAGAAAUAACUGCUCCACCAAAGUGAACUUCGUGACCCCAAAUGGUAAGGAAACCUUCCCAGAUGACGAGAGGAUUGAGCUGCCCGAGUUGGCUGUAGUGGUUCAAGUGUUCAAGCCUCUCAAUAUGCAAACCGGAGUCAGGAAAAUCAGGAUGGGAAACUGUUUGGCAUACAAGAUUGAAUCUGAAAUUGCCAUCCUGGGAUGCCAGACCUUGACGAGGUUACGCGAAAAAAUCACCUGCGUGUCAGAUGUCGCAGUGCCUGGGGACUUCAGUGAGGAUCCUGACAUGGCACAAGUCCCAAAAGCAACGGACCUCUACAAGUCCGGCUUCUUUUUCAUUGGAGAUACGUUCUACAACGACAUGUCUGACCCGUUGUGUCGAGACUAUAGCCAGGUGAUUUGCGAAUGGGCACAGAACCCAAAGAGAGGGGUGGGACCAUUCAAAACAGCGCGCAUGGAGGAAACCACAAUCUUGGAUCUCGAACUCAGACUUGGCUACCCCUACCUCUACGUGCACCAGGGAUACUGCGAACACCUCAUUGUGUUCAUGGAUGUGAGGAUGAUGCAUGCAGAAGACAGCAAACACAUCCUAGACUACCCCAUGAUUCUCAAAAGCUUUCCCUUUGGGAAGAGAGUACUCUGCAUGAUGUGUAGACAGGCUACUGCAAAGUGGGUAACUUACGGAAACGAAAGAGUCACAGACAACCCCUUCUUUUUCUGCGAAGUCUGCUUCCGGUCCUACAACUACACUGCAUCUGGCAAGAAAAUUGGAGAGUUCAGAGCCCAGCCCUUCCUUGACUGGAAUGCAGUGCUAUGAAAUCACAUUCAUCGUGCCCGAUAGAUCAAAGUUUAUUUUUCCCAGGAAUCAAGCACUAUGUUUGUCUUCUUGUUAAUAACAAAAAGUGAUGAUACUAAAAGAUGAGGUCCUCUGAGCCAGCAUGGGGGGGUUUAUGUACAAGACAAAAAUCUGCAGCUGCUGCAAGGCCAUAUUCUGCUUCCGUUCAUCGGUCUGCGGCAGAGAGAAAAAAAAGAGUUCAUUUCAGUCCUGCGUGCACGGUACAUCAUCACACGUGUUUGGAACAUGUGGAUGGAGGCGGUGCUCCAUGUGCCAUGCAUUGUUAUGAUCACAGGUUGUAGCACAAUGAUUGAGAGAGUAAUUCUGAUGCUCGCUGGAGACCCAACUCUCUUCACUGGACAGUGAAAUGUCAUUAGAUUAGCUCCCAUUGACAGUUAACUGGCACUCUGUAUCAAAUCAAAGACUGCUAAUUUUUGGGGCAGUUUGAUGCUCAUUGGUGGCACACAAAAGAAACAAAACUAUUUUGGGUGCUUACGUUGCUACAAUCACUUUUUUUUAUGCUUGUGCUGAAUGCAUGCUUCCAAAGACCAGCUACCCUGGAUCAUUAGUCUCAUCCUUAGCAAUAAAGUCACAUUAUGGAGAAA